UGAAAUCUGGAGCCAGGAAUCAUUCUGUGGGAGCACUUCAAAUGAAGUCAGAUGGAUAAGACACUUGCAAACUUGUUGCUUUGACAUAACAGAGCUAACAACCCUGAGGCAGAAACAAAAAAACUUAAACAAACCAAAGAAAUAAAAAAUACAAAAAUAACAAAAUUGGAUGGAUUUAUACUUAAAGUUCAACAUGCAAAUAAUUAAGUAAUUUGCGAGUCUGUUGGUAUUGGUAGUGAGAACACAGAACUGACUAUUCUUGAACUUUGAGAACAUAUGGAACUCUAUUGAGCGUGUAAAACAUACAGCAGAAACAUUGUGGAGAUAUAUAUAGGACUUGGUGUUGUUUCACAGUUUGCUGAGAAAAACUGCCAUAAAGAUUGAAGUACCCUCUCUUAUAUAUUGAUAAACUAUCUCAUCCACUUGAGACGUUAUACAACCUUGUUGUAAAAUUAUGUGAAGUUACAGAAAAAUGAUAAUAGGUAUCUAUUAAAAGCAAUGUGAUAUCUAAGGACUAUUCAGAAUCAAAGCAGCCAUAUUAGUUGGAUUAAGAAAGUAUUCAGUAUUUCAUUGCUGAAAGUGAAAAAAAUAUAACAAAAAUAUAAUUAGUGAUAACUGGACACUGUUGAAGAACUAGCAAACAAAUAUAAAAAGUAAAAAAAAUUACUUUGCAAAAUUGGAUUCUCAGACAAAAAAUCAUGGAAUUAUUUUUGUCAUUGUGGACAGUAUGUUUUAUUCUUGUUGACUUGCUUUAUGUUACAUUCGGAUUUAAUGUAGAUCUCAGGCUCCCUGUUAUCCAUAAGGGACAACAACAGGGAAGUUAUUUUGGAUACUCUGUCGCUCAACAUAUCGAUCGUAAUAACAAUUGGUUAUUGGUGGGGGCGCCACUGACUCAAACAGGACAGGAGCAGAUAGUGAAAGGUGGCGCUGUACUCAGAUGUAAAGUCAAUCGUGCGAAUGACUGUCAACCAAUUCCUUUUGAUUUAAGAGGGAACAAUAUCCAAUGGAAUGGCAGAGAUUUCGUACAAAUGGAAGAUAAGUCAAACCAAUGGUUUGGCGCAACAGUCCAUAGCUCUGGAAGAGAUGGUAAAAUUGUGGCAUGCGCUCCACGCUAUGUUUAUUUCUCGCAGGACUUAAAUAGACGAGAGCCAGUUGGGACAUGUUAUACAUCGUCAAGUACCGUAACAGAAUUCAGGGAGUAUUCACCAUGUCGCAAUGAAUACUGGGGCUACCACAGACAAGGCUCUUGUCAAACUGGACUGUCUGCCGUCCUGACAUCAGAUGGAUCUCACCUUAUUAUGGGAGCUGUCGGAAGCCAUUAUUGGCAAGGACAAAUAUUUGCUCAGAGUCUUAACAGGGACGAUACUCUCACAGAGACACCAGAACGUGACGCAAGUGAAGAUGACACAUUGAUGGGUUACUCUAUCGCAACUGGUGAAUUUACUGGAAAUAACGCUGAGGAUUAUGUCACUGGGAUCCCAAAGGGGGGUCAACUUAAAGGACAAAUCGUAAUUUUUGAUGACGACCUUGAUCAACUUAGAAAUAUUACAGGUGAUCAAAUUGGAUCUUAUUUCGGCUCAUCGCUUGCUGCGAGUGAUUUCAACGGAGAUGGUUUUGACGAUUUUGCAGUCGGGGCUCCUUUUUAUACGGAGGAGUUCGGACAGAAGGAAGAAGUUGGACGUGUAUAUAUAUACUACCAAACCAAACGUAAUAAAUUCAAACCACAUAAGAGUGAUAUAUUGGUUGGAUUUGCCAGCAAAUCUCGAUUUGGCAUGUCACUGGCAGCUAUUGGUGAUAUUAACAAUGACAAGUUUAAAGAUUUAGCAAUUGGUGCGCCAUAUGGUGGGGAAGAUGGGAAUGGUGCCGUUUAUUUCUUUCAUGGCUCUAGUAAGGGCAUCCAGGAAAAACACUCCCAGGUUAUAUAUGCAGCAGAUGUUCACCCUAGCAUUAAGACAUUUGGUUGGUCUAUUGCAGGAGGUUAUGAUAUGGACAGUAAUUUCUAUCCUGAUGUCCUUGUAGGGGCAUAUGCCAGCGAUAAUGCAGUUUUGUUGAAAACACGUCCUAUAAUUCGCAUCACCACUGAAGUGACAAUUGUACCACAGAUAAUCAACCUGGAAAAUAAAAUGUGCACACUCGCCAGUGGAGAUCGUGUAACGUGCGUCUCCAUAACAACGUGUAUGACAUACACUGGACUUGGUGUACCUCAACAGAUAGAAUUAUAUGUUGAUUGGAAACUUGACCCUGAGAAGAAUGUGUCUCGUAGAGUAUAUUAUCUCAACAAGGAAAGACAAUACACAGAGAGUAAAACCAUUCGAUUAUUCAAAACAGUAAAAUGGUGUAAUACAACUAAUGUAUAUAUCAAAAAUAACAUUCGUGAUAAACUUUCGCCGAUUGAUGUUGAUGUAAACUAUAGGCUUAGAGAGGAUACUUUUGUACGUCGUAGAAAGUUCCUCAUUCCCAUACUUGAUAGCUAUAUCCCAACAACCACCAGGGGCUCUGCUCAAACUUUGAAGAAUUGUGGUGAAGAUAAUGUUUGCAUCCCUGAUCUUAUUGUGACUGCUGAGGGUAUAACUAAAGAACAUAUCCAUGGAAAUACUAACCCUGUAGAUCUUCGCGUGGCAGUUAAGAACAUAGGUGAAGAUGCAUUUGAAGCACAAUUGACAUUACAUCUACCACAUGGGACCAAAUAUACCAGAAUAUUCGAUGUGUCAUCCUUAGUGUCUGUGAGUUGUACAUCAGUUGAGCUUGAGGAAGGAAACUUUGUUGUAUGUGACAUAGGCAAUCCUUUACCUGGAUACCAAAAUGUUGCAUUCACAAUCAGUGUAUCUCCGAGCCAAAUUAAUAGCACUGUUGAACGCUUGAGGUUCCUCUUACAGGCAAAUAGUUCUAAUGUUGAGAAUCAGACUCUAGUGAAUGAUAACUAUGCUCUUGCUGAUAUUCCCGUCACAGCAAGUGCAAGGAUACAACUGACUGGAGUAUCAAAGCCUGAACAAUUAAUCUAUAACACAUCUCAGAUAACACACAUCCAGCCAACAAUUGACACGCACAUUGGACCCCAGCUUAUUCAUCUAUUUGAAGUACGUAAUUUUGGACCAAGUACGAUCGCAUCAACCCAAGUUGAGAUUCUUUGGCCUAGUCAGUUUGAGACUGGUGGCCAUUUAUUUUAUCUCACGGAAAUACCGCAGAUUAUCAUUGGAAAUGGAGAAUGUACCACCGAUGUUGUAAAUCCGGCAAAUGUCUCUGUGACAAUUUCUGGUGAAGAUGAGGUCUCUGCACUUUUGAAAGCUAAACUCGAGAGUUCCAGACAACGGAGAGCAGUUGGGGAUGACUUGGCGCAUCGUUUAAGAUGUACAUCUAAGUGGUGUUCAAUUAUCAUGUGCAGAAUUCGCAGUAUGGAAAAAGGAGAAAAUGCGCUUAUUCAAGUCCGCAGUAGACUGUGGUUGAAUUCAUUUAAUACAAAGGAGCGACAACAGAGUGUGGUUAUAUCAUCUGAGGCAUUAGCGCAGGUUAUGAGAAUGCCAUAUAAGGUAAAACCAACAGAAUAUUCCCUAGAUACCACCCAAGUCUCGACAUAUGUCGGGGCAUCUGAUGUGAAACCUCAGUCUAAAUCAAUCGCAAUUUGGAUAAUUAUCGUUGCUGCUAUAGCAGGACUUCUUCUGCUUAUCCUACUCGUUAUUUGCUUCUGGAAAUGUGGCUUCUUCAAGAGACGAAAACAUGAAGACCAGGAUGAGAUGAUUCCUGAGAAGGAAAAAAUGAACCCUAAUCAAGAAAUCAGUGCGGGUCAAAAUGGUAAAAAUGGACAUGACGCUGGGUAUAGAUUGCAUUAUUACGGAAAUGUGCAUGAUGAUGAACUAUAGCAUUGUAAAUUAGGGGAAUAUCAUCUUACAUUCAGUAUUUCGUAUAUAUAAAAUGGGUCCAUAGACUAGACUGGGGUAGAAAGAAUGAAAAUAGAUCAGUCUAUCUUAAUGUUUGUCAUUAGGGGGACAGAAGGCGAUUAACUUUAAAUUAGUUAUGUUUAAGUGAUUGUAGUUCUGAUCAGCAUUCUUCGAAUGAAAGGGGAAUCAUGAUAAUAAGGGCCAAGGGCU